AUGGUGCUGGGAGUCGGCCGAUCCGAGACCACGGCCCAAUCGGCUUCGACGGCGCUGGCUCUCUUCGGAAUGGCCUUCAAUGCAGAGGCCAGGAACGGCGCGGGCUCCGUAAGUCCCUGGCCUUUACGUCCCGCCGCUCGGGAGGUGAACUUGGUCCUCAAUCCGGUGUUGAAGCUGUCGGAGUACCCCUUGAAGCGCUACUACCGGGAGGUGGUCCGCUGGCCACAGCACCUCGCGGAUGGCCGCACCCUGGCUGAGCUGAAGGAUGGCGCUGCUGUAGGUGGUGGCCGCGCGGACUUCACGCUCGCCACGGAGCACACCUUGACGGCGGCAGUCCAUGUCUUGCCGACUUGGCUCGUGACCGCUCAGGAGGCCGAGCACGACAUGGACAACCUCCGUCCUGUGGACGUCCUUCAGCGAGGCAGCAACUGCGACACAACGUACGUCCUUCGACAGCUGUACGUGGAGGGCCAGGCAAUGAUCCUCGGCGACGAGGGCUGGCCAGUUGCCAUGGCGAAAGGGAUGCAGUUCGAGAUCACCGGCACUGGGGCUUUAGAGGCUUCGGACGACACCAUCGUGAUGGGAAACCUCGGCUAUUUUCAGGUUCGAGGAAAUCCGGGUUUUUACCAAGCAUCGCUGAAGCCGGGCCUCUCCAGUGAGACUUUCCAGCUCGUUGUCUCCGAGGACCUCGAGGUAUCCUCCUACAUUACUCCACCACACCAGCUUCGCGUGCGGCUAAAGCCCGGGAAGAGCCACGAGGAUCUCUUCGUGGAGGAGGGAUCUUCAAAAGUGAAGCGAAAGCAGAACCGACCUGUGGGUGGUCUUAUGGGGGCGCUGCAGUCCAUCUGGGGAGGCUACGGCACGAAGGAUGAGAAGGCGAAGGAGGUGGCGCCGGCGACGAAGGAAAUCGGAGAUGGUGAGGAGACGAUCCACAUCUUCAGCGUGGCAAGUGGUCACCUGUACGAAAAGCUCCUCAGUAUCAUGAUCUUGUCAGUCCGGAACAACACCAAAAACCCUUUGCACUUCUGGUUCAUCGACAACUUCCUGUCGCCAAAGUUCAAGGCGUUCAUCCCUCAGAUGGCUGCGAGGUACAACUUCAAGUACGACUUCGUCACAUACAAGUGGCCUUCAUGGCUCAACCCACAGAGCGAGAAGCAGCGGCUGAUAUGGGCAUACAAGAUCCUAUUCUUGGAUGUGCUCUUCCCGCAGGACGUGCCGAAGAUCAUCUUCAUCGAUGCUGACCAGGUGGUGCGGGCUGACGUGAAGGAGCUGUGGGACCUGGACCUUAAGGGCAAUGUCUACGGCUUCGUGCCGAUGGGUGACACGAACCCUGACACAGAGGGCUUCCGCUUCUGGAAGCAAGGCUACUGGAAAAGCCACCUGGGUGGCAAACCGUAUCACAUCUCAGCUCUCUUUGUCGUCGACUUGAUGGAGUUCCGGCGGACCUCCAUCGGGGAGACGUUGCGGGGUGUCUACAACCAGUUGAGCCGGGAUCCCAACUCGCUGGCGAACUUGGACCAGGACCUGCCCAACUUCGCCCAGCACCAGGUGCCGAUCUUCACACUGCCCACCGAGUGGUUGUGGUGCGAGACGUGGUGCUCGCAGGAGAGCAAGAAGAGUGCCAAGACAAUUGACCUCUGCCAGAACCCGCUCACGAAGGAGCCCAAGAUCGUGAUGGCGAAGCGUAUCAUUUCGGAGUGGCAAACGUUCCACGACGAAGUGCAGCAUCUUCAGGCUGGCAUUUCUUUCAAGCACUGGGGCAAAGAAUACUAA